UGUUGUAGUCGUAGGGCUGUGAGCAGUUCAUGACGGCUUCAGCCUUGGUACGAGAUCGUAGCUUAAUUAUAUUGUGUGUUUUUGCAAUGGAUCUGUAAUAUAAGUGCCUUUUUGUUUGAUGCUUCAUAAGCAAAGCAGUGAAGGCGACCGGCAUGGACACUUUCGGCGAAGUGAUCAUCGGCAACAAGAUCUAUUCUGCCUGCUAUGCUCAACCGCCAAGAUCCGUCCUGGAACAGGAAGCCAGUGGAGCUGAGACGGCGAUUCAGAGUACGAGCGAUGCCAUUUGCACGGACACUACGGUUGCGGAUGAUGACGCAACUGGCGCCGUCUCGACGGCCGCAAAUGAUUGUUCCUGGCUCCAACAGGAUCGUCGUAAAGGCUCACUCCUAACGACAGAUCUUGAUGAAUUGCCUGUCAUUCAAGAGCCGGACUAUAUAAAUCUACGCGUCGGAGCCGAGGCCCUAUCCGUCGAUGAAGAAGACAUGAUUCCGGCCGUGUAUCGCAAAGGUCCGACAGCAGGCCACAAUGUAUUUACCAACUCUUACGGACGCGAGGAGAAUAUUUAUGAAGAAAUCAACGAACUACAACGGCGCCUGGCCUUGGAACAGCAGUCGGUCUCCAUGACGACGCCAACGCAACAACAUUUGCCGCGUUCCCAACAGGCGACGACGAGUUUGGUGGAUGAGGUGAUGGAUGAGGUUGCCCGCGUCCGACUCGGCCACGACACGGUUCUCAAUCAACUGAAUCUCGAUCUGGAACAUUUUCUCAAACCGCAAACACCCGAGCCGUCGCCAUCGCCGCCUCCUCUGGAUCAACAAGAGAAUCUCGCACAAGAGUUGGGAGCGGCCGAUGAGCCGGCCAAGCAUCGAUCGCGUAGCAUCGGCGAAGUGGUUGGUGAUAAAGUGAUACCGGUGUUUUCGACUCCACCGACGGGCCGAUUGCCACGGACAUUCAUCUCUCACAAUCGUUCUAAUUCGUCCGUUUCGUUCACGAUGUCGCAGUUAAUCGGUGCCGGCGAACGAUCUUUAGUGCGUUGUGAGUCUCUCGAUUUCGGUGUACACGAUGGCGGACUUCAGAGACGGCCGAGUGUCGUUUCACGUGGCUCGAGUUCCACGUCGUCGUCUGUGUCAUCCAGUAAUCGAUCGGAUACGCGUCAGAGCAUCCGCAACCUUCAUCAAGGCCUCCAGCACGGAAUCCAAGGCCUGGCGGACUGGACGGAAAAGUGCGGGCACAUGUUGGCCAAGCGGAGUAAGAAGGUGAUUGCCUUCGUCAACAAAGAUCGACGGUCAGCCUGUGACGCCGAACCCACUGCCGAUUGCCCCGCUAUCGCCGCCUCAGCUACCGACGACUGUCUGGCCUCUUCACCUACUCUCGGCCCGUCUUCGACAAAUGGAAGCGAUGUGGUCGACUGCGACAACAGGAUUUAUGAAGAUAUCGACCACAACUCGUUUGGCAGCAAUUCGAUGGCCGGUUCGGAGGCGUUGCCAGAUAGUUUAGCUGUUUCAUCUUGCACCACUACCGCCACCGCCGAUUCUGGUUUCUCGCCUGGUCAGACAAGUGGACGCCAGAAUCAUCAAGUUCCAUGUGGCUCCGAUGAUAGCUGGGGAUCUGGCGAAUUUGAAACAUUCUCUUCAGAUGAGCCGGUCGGCGAAGAUGACGACGAUCCCGACAAAAUUCCAUCGCCAAUGAGAUCGGGAACGUUGCGAGCGUUGCUGACGGGCAAAUCGAUUCGUGAUAAAUUGCGCGGAGCGCGUAGUCGCAGUCGAGAGGAAGAAAAAUCAAAUGCUGCAAUUAUGGAGACGCCGAACGCUGGACGCGGUGUCAGUUCGCCACCGCCCGGCGAACGACGUUUUUCUCGCUUGUUUUCGUUGAGACGUUCCUCCGCCAGUCUUCCGUCUCCUGGUAGCUUCAGCUUCAUCAGUGACAGCAGUGUUUCGCCCGUCUCGUCCAGUCCGUGUUUAUCCGCCAGCAAUCAUCUUGCGGCCGAUUUAACUGCGAAAACGUCGAGCCCAUCUGGACGGCCGCUGCCUUUGCCGCAGUUGUUGGAAGAAGACGAAAUCAUGGCUGGGUUGGGUUUAGGCAACGGCAGUUCUACGUUAGGUUCGCUGUUUCAACGACGACAUCAGCCGCCGACGUUGCCUCCGAUCCCGGCCAAUCUCGACGCGGAACAGCUGAAGCGGCGCUACAUCGUCGCCACCAUUAUACACAGCGAAAAUUCUUACGUCGCCUCGCUUCAUCGUCUUGUCAACGAAUAUAAGAAACCGCUGGAAGAGAGCAACCCGCCUAUACUUGGUGCAAACAAGAUAUCGACGCUGUUCCAUCGCCUGCCGGAGAUCCUUCACUGCCACACGAUGUUCCGGUUGGCGCUAUCAGAAUGCGCCCGUACGUGGGACAAGGAAGAGAAGAUCGGCGACGUCUUCGUAGCCAGUUUCUCUAAAGCCGUCGUACUGGACAUCUACAGCGACUUUAUCAACAAUUUCUCGCAAUCGUUGGAUGUGGCCAAACAAGAAUCUAAACGCAAAUCCGCCCUCGCUGAUUUCCUCAAGGUCAAGCAGAUAUCCUCACACGACCGGCUGUCGUUCUUUGGUCUCAUGGUCAAACCCGUCCAGAGAUUUCCUCAAUUCAUCCUUUUACUUCAGGACUUAUUGAAGCACACACCGCAAGGCCACCAGGACCGCAUGUCACUGCAAUUAGCUCUGACGCAGUUGGAAAGCCUGGCCGAGUUGCUCAACGAACGGAAACGUGAAACGGAACAAUAUCAGGCUUUUCGUGACACGCUGCGUCGCGUUUCGGGCAAAUUCUCACUCCGCCCGCUGGCCGAUAACAACCGGUACCUCCUCCGCCAGGAUAACGUGAAUCUUGUGGAAUUCAACCAAAGUGGGAUGAUCUCCAAGACCAAAGAGCGUCGCUUGCUGUUGCUCAAUGACCUGUUGGUGUGCGUCACGGUGGCCUCCAAAUCCGGAGAUGAUUACCGCAACUCUUCCGAGAGACUCACGCUCAAAUGGGCUUUUCCCAUCACAGACGUCGAGGUGGAAGACACGAGUACAUCUCCCACGCUCAGCCGCCUACUUUCAUCCGGCUCUAAUAUACGUUCAUCGGAAGCCGUUAGCGGUGUGGACAAUCUCUGCCAAGAGAUGAACCAACUGAUGCACGAUUACGACGUCAUUACACGUAUCGAUUCGUUGAUUGGAUCGCUUCACGGACAGUAUGAGACUUUGGAUAGGGUCGCAGCAAGAGCCGCUUUGAAUCGGAUCCAACAGCAACUGCAGCAAAAAGACGAGGAAAUGGCUUGGAUCGAUUCGUGUUGUCUACAGUUGGUCGUUCGCAAUCGAUCGGGCAAAGAAGAGAAAUUUACAUUUCAGACAGAGUCGCCCGAUAUCCGCAAAGAUUGGGUCAUCGAACUGCGUCUGGCGCAGUUGGCUUUAGAUCCCAAGAACUCCCCUUCGUGGGAUGUACCCGAACAAGAGAGACGUCCUUCGACGAAAAUGCCCUUAUUUGUCAAAUCCUUGCCCGCUUACAGAUCGCACCAUGAAACUGAGGUGCGUUGCGCCUGCUUCUAUACGACUCUAGUUAGGAAAUCCGUUCCUAGUGUCCGCUGUUUGGCACCGCGCCUGCACAAUUUCCUGUGGGUGGUCACCAGCGACGGUAUCAGCAGCCACGUGACCCUCUUGACCAGUCAACAGCCCGUCGGCCCGUCUCUGAAAGCAGCUGGUGCUUUUAGUUUGGUGGAAGUCAAAGUGACGUCGGUCGAGUUCUCGCCUGGAACACACGCGCUCUAUGAUAAUGCUGAAACGACGGACCAAAUUCGUGGCGACUUGGUUUGGUUGGGAACGGAAAGCCGAAGGAUAUUACUUUAUUCUGCACAUGAGCCAGGCAAAACGGGGCAGGUGGGGUCGUUGAAUCUUCCGGCUCCUGUUGUUCAACUUCGUUAUCACUGUGAUCAAAUGUUUGUUGCCCUGGCCAACGGAACUGUGGCCAUUUUCAAGCGCAACAAUAGUGAAGGCAUCUGGGAGCUCAACUCGCCAGCCACGCUGGUCACGCUGGGAGACGAGCCAGUUGUAUCACUACUUCCCAUCAGUUCCGCAUUGUACGCCGCAUGUGGCCGAAGUGUUUUUGUCCUUGACGGCAUCACGGGGGAAACACUGCGCAAUUUCAGUGUGCAGCAAGACCACAGCGGAACGAUCCAGGCAAUGGCUCACUCGGGUGUCGGUCUAUGGAUCUCGCUGCGCCACAGCAGCACCAUCUGUCUGUACCAUACGGAAACGUUCCGCCACCUGCAAGACAUCAACGUGGCUUCGAAUGUCAACCGGCUCUCCAAGCAAACGUCACAGAACGUCUACGUGACGGCCCUAAUGGCCUGUAAAGGUCUUUUGUGGGUGGGGACGAACGUGGGUAUAGCCCUCAGUAUUCCUCUACCACGAUUGGAAGGUGUGCCGAUCAUCAGUGGCCGAGCCAACGUAUCUCACCACGCUCACAGCGGGCCAAUCACGGUGUUCCUGACGCUGCAAAUGCGAAGCAAAAAUCCCGUUCCAACUCCCUACGCUUCCGUGCCCGUUCAGCAACAUCAGAUGGCUUCUAGUCUACCACCCAGCGGAACGAUCCACGAGGAAAGCGAAAAUGAGUCGACGUCUCCUCGUAGCAAGCCCCUGAUCACCGUCAGCCAAUUGGCCAGUCAGUUCAACACAGUGCCUAAAGCUCGUUCACCUGCGCUGGACAGUCCGUUAAUCUUGAGGCGCAAGAGUAAAGAAUCGUCCCCGUUGAUGACCAAACGUUUGUCACGAACGUUACCGAGAGGUCAUGUUUCAACGGCCACCGAGUGCGAUAUAUUUGGCCUCUACGGCGAACUUAUGAACAUCAAGGACUACGAAGAGUCGGACGGUAGUAGUUUGAUGGGCGGUGGAGGCGGUGCUGGUACCGUCAACGGCAUGUAUGAAACGUUACGCCGCAGCGAUCCAGACCUAGCUGCCAUUCCAGCCAAACUGAGUACUCUUGAUCGGCGAUUGCAUAUGAAGGCGGCCCGGCCGCGCUCGCUGGAUCUUUCCAACUGGUCAGUUGAUUCGCGAUCGUCCCUCUAUACAACAUCGUCUGGAUCGGAGGAUUCCGCAAGCCACACACUGACGCCCAGCGCCACCAUGUCGACGAUGAAUAGCGGUCAAGCGUCGACGUUGAAGCGCGGACAUCAGCGCAGUGUAGAUCCUUCGAAAUCGACGAUGGAUGCCCCUCGAACUGUUUUGACGCUCUCUGGAGGCCGCGGUUACGUCUACACGUAUCAGCGAAAUCAACAGGACGGCGAACGGAAGAACUCGGUCCCUAGUCCAGCCAACACCAACGAUGCCCAUAUUAUUUUAUGGGAAAUGAAGUUGUGAAAGUGCGAUCCUCCUCCUUUUUUUUUUCUCAUUUAAAAAUGACAAAAUGCAACUGAAAAUGGCAACUGAAAACAUGUUCCUUUGUUAAAUUUUUUUUUUUUUCUUGCCCUUUUUGUUCACAUUUUUUGUGUUUCUUCUGCUUUGUUCUUUUCAGAGCUACCGCGAACUACGUUUUUUUCCUCCCUUUUUUUUUUCAGUUUUCGAUAGUAUUCUAUCCAGAAAUACUCUAUAUUUUUGUAUUUGUUUAGUUCAUCGCAGAGCUGCAAACGGUUCGACACCGCAGAAGAAGACUAUGCUUUCAGUUCUACGUUCCAAUGUUGUUUUUUUUGUGUGUGUUUUUCCUGUACAUCAUUUGUUGGCCCUGUAAUUCUUCCCUUCGACAAAGCGCAUUAAACAAAAACAAGAAAAAAAAUUUAAGAAAAACAAAAAAUCACAAUGGAAAAAAGAAAAAUUAACUGAAAUUGAAAUCAGACAAAAUUAAAUAUAUGAUAUACAUA